GGUCGAUUUCUUGUUCUUAUAUUUCUCUGCUGCCGUUUCUCCUUAAUAGGAACUGGCAUUGGCGUUGGUCAGUGCUAGUCAUGGCUUCCUCAUCCCACGGUGAGCUUGGCGCCUUGAAGUCCACCAAAAAGCAGAAGAAAACAAAGAAGAAAACAAGAACUCAGAGCAAAGCGCGCAGCUCAGAGAGCGCCGAGAUUGAAGCUUUGGAAGGCAACACCGAAGACCAGAGGGUGGGACUGAUAGAAAACGAUGAAAGCGAGCUCUUCACCAACCUUUGUCAAGGCGCGGCAGCAUCAAAUGACGCUUGUCAAUAUGCCGAAUGCGCCGAUGCCAAUGCCAAAGAGAAUCUUGGCACAGAGCCGAACCAUGGAUGUUGCAGCUGCUUUUGGGACUGCUUGCCCACGUGGCUGACGAAACCAAAUUUUUACUACACAAAGAACGAUGACUUAGACGAUUUCGGGGUUCUGAAGGAGAUUCCCAAAAAGAGGCUUUUGAAAAUAUGGGAGAUCUUCAGCGCCAUUGACACCGACAUGGACGGACAGAUUGAUAUUGCUGAGGUCAGACGUUUCUUUUAUCACUUAGGGGCAGCUUCGAGAGAUGAUCGUUGCAGGGUCAGGAUAGCAGCUGAGUUCGAUCAUCCAAAAGGUCUUCCGCUGGUCAAAGGUAAAGACUUCUUGGAUGCGCUAGCCGAAGAACCUUUGGAGACUCUCAAAGUUUCUGGUUGGAUUCGCUCUUUUGGGUCAUCAUUUCUAUCGCAGAUUUCCUCGGGGGAAGCCAGUGGGUCAGAAGACGCUGGAUCGACUGGAUCGGUGCAACCAAUUUCAAACACCAAAGAUAUCGAUGAUGAACCAGACCGAAGGUCUUUGACGGGCUUUUGGCAAUUUGCAGCAAGUCCUUUGUGCCAACCCACAGAUUCCGAAGACUCCAUUGACCUGGUGAAUGAAUUUCGCGCGGUAGCUUCACAGCAGCGCUGGGGCCGCUUUCGUUCUUGGAAAUUUGCAAAAGCCAUCGAGCGCUUUCGACAAUACAAUGAACGUUCCAGGAUGGAGAGAAUCCUUGGGUUGAACCUUUCUCGUCCUGACCUCAUCACUAUUGCCUUGAACUUCUUCUCUGCUUUCUCAUCGGUGCUGGAUGUCUACACCGACGCAGUGCUUCUCGCAGCCAUUUUCCGAAAAUCCAGAGGUUGUCUAGAUUUAGAACUUGUCAGUGAGGGGUGUCUUCAACACAGCUACACCAAGCUUGGAAUCAUGCUUGCGCUCUCAAUAGUGGCUCCAUUCGUCAUUUCCUACAGCCACAUCAUUGCAAAUCUGCAAGAGAAUGGCUUUUUUGCGAAUGGUCGCAACGCUUGCUUGGGCUUCCUUUUGGCCGGUUGGUUUGGGCCUAUUUACCUUGCGAUUCUGGAGUUACCACUGCUAAGUCGAGAUAUUCUUUGGGCUCCAAUUACCUGUUUGCUCGCCAAAGGUACCAGGGACAAAGGUGAAAUGGUAUGGUCCCAGAUUUUUCACAGCCUUGGCAUUGUUGAUGGUACGGGCUACCGAAAGCAACGGGCGAUGGCUCAGCUCCUGUUUGAGACCAUCCCACAGCUUCUGAUUCAGUUCAUGGUUGUUGAGGGGAUGAUCCAAGCUCAAGAUUUGGUGGAAUCUGACCGAGAGACGAUUGCUCGAUCCCUGGUCUUGGCAGCCUUGAACCUAUUUUGCCAACUUGUUCGGACUUGGUUUGAGUGCAGAGUUCUUCAAGAGCCCUUUCUGCGUUACACCAUCAUCAAUCUUUUGGCCUGUUCAGAUUGGGUUCCAUUUCUGGAGCAAUUCUCAGAUUCGACCGCCACAAAGCGGGCUCGUCGUACGAUCAACUAUUCCGAGCUGAGCGGUCAGCUUCCGGGUCAUCGCUGGACGGGACUUCGCUUGCCGAUUUCUUUCCGUUUCAGCUCCACAUCGGUGCAGAGUUUGAUCUCUGUGCUCUGCCGACAGACCGAAGAGGAUGGGCAUUCAGCUGUGUGGAAGAGGCUCAGAAAUCAGAAGUACGGAGACUCCAAGAGAUUCAGGUUGCAGAAGAUCAUUCGCGCCAACCACGCGCAGCUUCUAGGGGAGCCUCAAGUCUUUUCUUUUGCGGAAGACUUGGAGUGCGACUUGCUGCAGGUGGAAAAGGGAUCCUAUUAUUUCUACAAGAAGCACACUUUUACAGGGACUCCUUGUGAAUCUGAUGAAAUUGACCCAAAGGAAUGCUUGAUUCAUCAUGAUGGGAUUGACGUCUUCUUGGCAAAGACAUCUGUCAAACUUGGGCCCUUUGGAGAUGGAGGUUCGAGCUCUUCACGCUUCAAGUUUGUCCUGGGGAGUUCCUGUGAACGCCUGUGCUUGCAAGAGAUAGUUCAAUUGAUUUUGGCCUGUUGGGGUCGCGUCUCUAUUGACUUUUCUGGUGUUGACUGGCGCUCGGUGCUGAAAACAUCCCGCUCGUUGGGUCUGCUCUUGGACACACAUGAUCAAGGUGACCCCCAAUGGCAAGCAUCUAUGCCAGAUGGUGAACCUGUGCUUUCAAAAUGCCUUCUCUUGGGGCAGCCGCAUGCAGUUGGGGAUCCAGAGCAGGAAAAAUUUGAUCUCCACAACUUGGCAAAAGACUUGUUGUUUUUGAAUGCGAAUCCAAAUGUGAAAGAUACGAUGGGGCAAUCUUUGCUGCUGUCAUGUGUGGCGAAAAAGAAGGCACGAGCAGUGCAGCUCCUUCUUAGUCAUGAUGUGGACGUGUCCAAAGACGUCCUUCAAAAGGCGGUUCAAAACAGCACAGUGGAUGUUGUACAGUGCUUAUUGAUGUCGGACAAAUGCUUGCAGAUCCAGUUUGAUGGCAAAGACAAGUCCCUAUGUGGUCUUGCCUGCUCCAGAUUGAAGGAUGCUUGUGUGAGUAUUGAGAAGGCUCUCGGUGGGGAGCCAGCACUUCAGAUUGGAGCUUUAUUCGAAGCUGUCGACAUUUUGAAGAUUCUGUCUGGCAAGAAUAUAGCGCUGCCCGUGGCAGAGGUAGGGUUGGCAUUGGAGUGCGAAGCUGCUUUGUGCCUUUGCCAGUUCCAUGAAGGUCACCAUCCCUUGCUGAAGGAUGCUGUAGAGCAGGCUUUGAUGCACAGCAUAGUUGUAAAUUCUGAGAACCUGUUGAACAAAGUCACACAAGAAGGGGACACCAUGUUUCACUUGCUGGGAAAGAAGGCUCCAUUACGACAUGGUGGGCUUUGGAAAAGAAUGAAUCUCUGGCUGGAGAAGUAUCCAGAACAUGACCUAACACAAUAUGUUCGCUUGAAGAACAAAGCUGGAUUGCUGGCUUUGGAAGUGGCUCUUGAAUCUUCAGCCAAUGAUGGAAUUGACCAUGAGGACUCAAACAUUCUGAGUUGGCUGUUUGAGCAAACGAGGCAUCAAGCACCUUCAGAGCAAGAAGGCCUCCUUCAACGGUGUGUUGAUACUUUGUGCAAGCGUGCCAAGAGCCAUUCGCUCAACAAGGAACAAAUAUCUCGCGGCAUCUCUUUUGUGUUAGGUUGCCUCUACAAAAGUGACGCGGAGUUCAGCAAGUCUUGCUUUACCGAGGCAGCUAAGAAACUAGAGGAAGAGAAGAGCUACAGGGCCUGUGAACAUUUGGUUAGAGGAGCGGCAAGUCUUCCAUUUUCAGAAGACCUUGCACCGAAAUGCUUGCGCGAACAAGGGUGGGGUGCUCCGAAGAAGGAAGAAAAACAGGGCGAGGCACCAAAGGAGCAUUCAGCUCAUCAAUUUGACGAUGCCGAGUCUGCCCGUGUCAUUGGCAAGAAACAGAUUGUGCAGAGUAGCCACAGAUACGUCCGACAAGCCUUGGAUGCAAAAUUUGGGGAAGGCGAAGACAGUUCAAAUGAUAUGUCAGGGAUGAAAAUGAUUCUUCAAGGCCUGGUCAUUGUCCUUGAGAUUCUCUCUGCAGCAGAUCUGUUCACAGAUGUUCUUCUCGUUCGAUGGAUGUACUUGAGCCACCACAUUUGGUGGGCUACGUUGUCUUGCUUGAUGAUGGUGGCUCCAUAUCUGGCGGCCUUUUCUGCCACACUGCGCAUCGGCUUGCGAAAUCGCAUAUUUGAAGCCACAGACUCCAACGGGAAAAUGCAAAAGCUCUACAGGCUUCGCAGGCUUGCUGGGGCCGUGUGCAUGACACCCCUUUGCGUUGUGGCGUUCAUUCUGUUGGACUUGGUUUACACCAUCAAAGCUGCCACCUUUGAUGUUUUUGCCCUUGUGGUUGGUCUCAUCGCGCCUAAGAUGAAACUGGACGUGACAGACGGUGCUGUGAGCAAGUUUCUCUCAGAUCAUUUAGGCUUAACAACCAUGGAUAUUGAGGGCUACCGCCGCCUGCGUACUACCACUCAGCUACUCUUUGAGUCAUUCCCGCAAAUCGUUUUGCAGCUAUACAUUCUGCUGAAGUCUUCAUCUGAACGAGAAGUGGAAGUUUCUGAUGAAGAGCUAAUUGUAUCACUAGCAUUCGCUCUAUUCCACCUUUUUGCAACCUGCUGCAUAGUUUGGUUGGAGGCCCGCGCUGCCAGAGAACCAGUUGCACGCUAUACUAUGACAUGUUUAACUGGUCGGUUGGGUUGGCUCCCAUUUGCAGACACUGCAAACCUAAGCCUGGACGAGGGUAAGGCGUCCCAGCAGAUGCACUUUGAUGAUUUAUCUUUCUUAUCAGCAUGUGGUCGCUUCACUAUGGCCUUUGAAUUCAGCCAAAGCACAUGGACGAAAUUGCUUGGGGCUUUGUCAAAGGUUCAAGACAAAACCAGCAACAUUCAUGUGGCAUUCGGGCCUUCAAUCUCUCUCAUGAACAUCCAUGACAUUUUGAAUUUCCAGAAGAGGUUUUCGAAAGUGAAGACGUCCAUGCAAAGUGGAAAGGAACCUGUACCAUGGACAAAGGUCUUGCGCAAUUCUGGGUUCAGCCUCCAAUCAGGCAAGGUUUGCAUUAGUGACCGGGAGCAGGCAGAGACUCGAAAGUUGUUGGAGGACUUUAUGUCGAACCAUAACCAUGAGGCCGUUCGUGCCCUUUUGGAGGCCGGAGUUAGUAUUGCAGGAUUGACAUCCCGCGGCCUCCUGUAUCUGACUUUGGCUGUUGAGUUGAGAAGUGCUAAGAUUUGCGAGCUCUUUUUGAAUUUCAAUGCUCCUUUGACUUCGGCAGAUUUGCCAGUUGAGAUCAAAGACCCCUUGAUAGAGGGUGGUUUCCGUGUGCGAAGCACCCUGGAGACACCAUUGGAAGCUGCAUUUAGAGUGUUGGAUCCGGACAUCAUUUCAGUCUUUCUGUUCCAUGAGCGAAUUCAAGCCACCUCUUCAAUGAGACAGAGAGCUCUUCAAUUGGCAGAGGAGGCCCGAAGAGCAAAUCGUGCGGAAGACGCCAAGAAGUAUGCACACGCAUCAGGUCUUGCUCCCAGCUGGGAUCAAGUCACCUCCACCAAAGUGCGGCUUCUGCUGGGGGGCGAACCCAUCGGGUCCACCAUUGAAUGCAACGUAGCGGAAUUGCAGUGCUUCGACUUGUUCCGCGAAAAGCUCUUUCCAGUGAGAGAUCAUGAGACGAAGGAGGAGGCUUUGAAGAAGAUAUUCAAUACAGCCGUGGAUGGUUUCCUUGAGGUAGAUUUGACAUUUGUCAAGCGGAUGUUUCCAAAAUCAGAUCUUUCGCCAGUGCAUCUUCAACACUUGCUGGCUGUGAUUCGUGAGCCGACCCUCCCUGAAAAUGUUUCUCUGGGCAUCUUGGAUGGCUUGGUUGAGGAACUUGGCCUUGUGCAGAUGCAGAAGUUCUUGCAAGUUACUGCGCCCUACAGGGUCAGGCAGACCAUGCGAAAGCAGCAAGCAACAGGCAAACAUGCUAGCUAUCGGAAUUCGCCAGAGGAACGAGCGUUGGUGAUUUUGAGUGUUACUUUGCCUCCUGACUGCUGGAGAGUGUCCGGUAUGAGAAUUUCUGGCAAGUGGACAGAUCAAGGUUGGGGCAACACCGACAUUAACAAAGUGGAGCUUCGAGCCACUACCGCACGUGCUGGGCUGGUGCAUGUGCAACUUCAUUCAGUUGAUUGGAAGUCAGACGAUGACAGAAUCGAAGUGAAUUUCGGAGGAGAAACAGGAACACAAGGCUUCGACGAGGAAGGCCGGAAGACUUUAGAUCGUGAGGAAGCCGAAUCUCUUUUAGAAGUUCUGACAGGCAAUGAUUUGAUCCAAGUUACCAUGGGUUGCGUCGGUUGGAGCGGACAUGAAGGGCAUGCAGAAGAUACUUGCUUGGACAUUGACUAUUUCACGCAUACGUUUUGACAGUGGAUGUGCUUGGAAGAACCUAAACAAAGGGAAGAACAAUCUUGGCAAGGGAUGAAGCAAACACACCACGAAUAGCGAGGGGGAAAUUGGUGUUGAUUCACUGAUAGACAGGCCCCUUGAACAUUAUUUUCAAAUAUGUUCAUUGUUCCCAGGGCCAUGUUGCACACCACUGUCCACAAGGAUUCGAACGACGCAGAAACAUGUUAAUAUAAUUUGUUCUGAGCCCUGAGAGCGCUCAAACAAAUGUCGACAAUUUCCGAGAUUUUCCAAUUUUCUUUGAAAGAAAAUUCCUCGGAAAAAAUUACCUUUUAAAGAUCUACGGUUCAA